AUGAAAGAACUUGGACAACUCAAUCAUUUUCUUGGUCUGGAGAUUGAUCAUACUCAAGGAGGAAUUUUUCUCCACCAGCAAAAGUAUUCCAGAGAUUUGUUGAAGAAGCUUGGAAUGCUGGAGUGCAAGCCAAUUGCAACACCAAUUGAACCAAAUGCUAAGAUGUGCGUGCAUGGAGGAAAAGAUUUAGAAGAUGUGACGAUGUAUCGGCAAUUGGUAGGUAGUCUGAUUUAUUUAACUCAGACUCGACCUGAUAUUUCUUUUGCAGUUGGUGUGAUGAGUCGCUAUAUGCACAAUCCAAAGAAGCACCAUAUGGAGGCCGUUCAGCGGAUGCUAAGAUAUGUGAAAAGUUCAAUUGAUUAUGGUCUUUUGUAUAAGAAAGGUGAAGAAUGCAAGUUGGUCGGCUACUGUGACUCUGACUAUGCAGGAGACCAUGAUACUCGUCGUUCAACUGCUGGUUUUGUGUUCAAGCUUGGAGAUGGAGCAAUUUCUUGGUGCAGCAAGAGGCAGCCAACUGUGUCUUUGUCAACAACAGAAGCCGAAUAUCGGGCAGCAGCAGUUGCAGCUCAAGAAAGUACAUGGCUUAUGCAGUUGAUGAAGGAUUUACAACAACCAGUAUGAUAUGCAGUUCCUUUGUACUGUGAUAAUCAAUCAGCAAUUUGUUUGGCUGAAAAUCCAGUUUUCCACGCAAGAACUAAGCAUGUGGAGAUACAUUACCAUUCUAUCAGGGAAAAAGUGUUGCAAGGAGAGAUUGGUUUGGAGCAUAUAAAAAACAGAUGAUCAAAUUGCUCACUUGUUCACAAAAGGUUUAAAUGUCAACAAGUUUGAAAGUUUCUGUCAGCAGCUAGGCAUGGUAAAGACUGGGAGCUGAUGUCGAGAGGGGGUGUUGAAGUGUACAUCAUCAGUCCUAUUUUAAUUUGACUAAGUCUGCAGCAUAGCUAUUUUUUAGCUUUAAGUUGUUAUUCUGCUAAUAGUUUAGUUUGGAAUCCGCGACUGAAGUAGUACAAAAAAAGAAAAGUUGAACCAAAAUAGUACAGAAAAAAAAAAGCACAUAAAUAGGAUUCACGCACGAAUUUCGUGCGUGAAAGGACCAAACUGCAAAAAUGCGAUUUGACCCUUUCACGCACGAAAUUCGUGCGUGAAAGGAGUAACUUGCAAAAAAAACGAUAUGCUCCUUUCACGCACUAAUUUUAAUUUCAUGCGUGAAAGAGCAAAUUUCCGUUUUGCCUUUCACGCAUGAAUUUAGUGCGUGAAUGGUACCAUAAAAAAACGGUCCCCUCCUUCCCCACCACAGAACCCGACACUUUGCCCCCACCCACCGCCAUUAACGGCGACCUAUGC